UGUGUCUGUUGGCCGUCCUUUUCCUUCUCCUCCCACACAGCCAAACCAAUACAAACAUUUCAGUACAGUGAGGAGUCUCUCCAACAACUCCCCGUCCUUGUUAGGGCACCACCAGGGACACACAGACAUGGCACAAACCGCCAGCCAAAGUUCAGCUUUCCCUGAGAUAGUGGAGUUAAACGUGGGUGGACAGGUGUAUGUGACCCGGCUUGAGACUCUCACGACCGUGCCCAACUCCCUGCUGUGGACCAAGUUCACCCAGAGCUCCCCGGGCGACCUGCCAAAAGACAGCAAGGGCCGCUUCUUCUUCGACCGGGACGGCUUUCUCUUCCGCUACAUUCUGGACUAUCUGCGGGACUCUGAGCUUUUCCUGCCCGAGUUUUUCAAAGAGAGGAGGAGGCUGCAGAGAGAAGCGGACUUCUUCCAGCUGCCGGAGCUGUCGAGGCGCCUGGCAGCCGUCAGCAAAGACACUGACACGGAGGACAGCGAGGAGGCUGAGCUCACCAGCCCGGCCACCACCACCUCCUCCUCGGACAGGACGCUGCGCUCUCCUGGGGCCAGCGCCGGCUACAUCACCAUCGGGUACAGAGGCAGCUACACCAUCGGGAGGGACAUCCAGGCGGACGCAAAAUUCCGCAGGGUGGCCAGAAUAACCGUGUGCAGCAAGAUCUCUCUGGCUAAAGAGGUGUUUGGAGACACCCUGAAUGAGAGCCGAGACCCGGACCGCCCGCCGGACAAAUACACCGCCAGGUAUUACCUCAAGUAUAACUUUCUGGAGCAGGCGUUUGACCGCCUGGCAGAGGCUGGUUUCCACAUGGUGGCUUGCAACUCUACUGGGACCUGCUCAUACGCCAGUAACGACCCUGGGGAAGACAAACUGUGGACCAGUUACACCGAGUAUGUCUUCUCCCGAUGACUGAAAUCUGCAGGACUGCUCCCUGCUCACCUCUUAUUAUAAUUAACACUUGGAGCAAACAUCAGUCAUAAUAGUUCUUACUUUAAUCAACAUCCCAAACUGGCAGUUUUCACCCCUUGUGUAGUUUCAUUUUCUUGUACUGGAUCAGCCACUGUUUAACUUUUCUGCCAUUUUCCUCUCUCCCCUGUAAAAGGACUCCAGACUCCAACAUAAAUCUCAUUGGUUAGUGAGAAGAAUUUUUUUUUUGACAUGUCACAGGGGUUAUUUUAGUCUCCCUGCUGGCUCCACUGCCUUUAAAUCUUUAACAGAGAAUGCUUUGUUUUUAAGUAAAUGACUUAAGUGUUUACCCAACAUGGCAGAAAUGUUAGAGGCUGGUUUCUUUUGAUCCUCACUGAGCUGUGCUUGCAUUGUCAUGAUACUGUAGAGAGGCUACUGAGGCUCUGAACACAUUAACCAGGACAUGUACAUAGAUGUUUUAAUUGCUUCUCGUGUCUUUAAUUUGGGGGAUUGAUGGAGACAGUAAGUUGCAUUUUCCAUACAGUACUUUAUAUGUUUAAUUCACUUAUAUAAACCGCAUACACAGUAUCGCUGCUUUAGAGGAUUACACAUUGGGACUUUUUCCACCGUGCUUCAUUGUUAUGUGCCAUCUAUGAGCUGUUGUCAUUGUUUUCUUUUUAGAUAUAAAGCUACAGCAAAUAAAGUGUGACUUUGUAACACUAUCCAUCU